CUAUGGAUGCUUGAGAGUGGUGGCGUAACAAGGAGAAUGAGCAAUGAAAGUUUUCCCGAAUAAUAAAUUCGGGCCAAACAGUGCCUUUUAGACCCAAACGCAUGCAAGUGAAUUGGGUUCACAAGUCCAACCACUAGAAUCGUGGCCUGUCCUUAAUUCAGGCUGUAAGGCAAGGUUAAAGACGUGAAGGCCGAAACCCCAAUGCUUAUCUGCUCUACGUCUGGUGUGGUAGCAGUCAGAGAACGCAAUUAAACAGACGACUGGUAGGAUGGGAAGCGCACCGGCACAAAUUCCGACUAGUUUUGGCCAUGAACUGAGGGCGUGUCUUCGUUGCCGCCUCGUCAAAACCUACGAUCAGUUCAGAGAGUCCGGAUGCGAGAAUUGCCCCUUCUUUAAGAUGGAUGAAGAUCAUGAGCGUGUCGUAGAUUGCACCACUCCUAACUUCAAUGGGAUAAUUUCUGUCAUGGACCCAAGUAGAAGCUGGGCCGCUCGUUGGUUGAGAAUCGGACGAUUUGUCCCUGGUUGUUACACUCUUGCUGUCUCAGAGGCACUGCCAGAGGACUUACAGAAUUUAUGCGAAGAUGAACGAGUCCAAUACAUUCCACCAAAACGUGUAUAAGUGACCAGUUGGCAUAGUUUUGUCGAUCAUGUUAUAAGGUUGCAAGAUGUUCUCUUCGCUGGUUACUAAUAAAGCCUCUUCUUUUAAUAUUUGAUACUUGUAUGAAGGGACUAAACGUGUCUGAUACUAAUGUUGAAGCUUGAUUUGUGACUGGACAUUGACUUAUUAAGAACUCUUUAAAAAAAUGGAAAGCUGAAUCAGCCAUUUAUA